AUGUGGGCACUGCUUCAGCCCUCAGGUGCCCCUGCCAGGUUGCCGCCUUCAGGACCAGGGCAUGCAGGGGAGCUCGUGGUCACUGUCCCAACUUCCCCCACCAACUGUGACCCUGUGACACAGGCAAGCUGCUCCCUCCCUUGGUGCUUGGACAUCCUCACUCCUCACCCAGAAGGAGAGGUACCCUACCUCCGCGGCUGGGUGGGCCCUCCUCAGCCAGCUUCCUGUAUGGCCAGAGGAGGAAGCCAGAGGAGUCAGGGCACCCACUCUGUCCCAUCACUGCGGCAGGGACAGAAAGCUUGGAUAGAAAAAACCUUCUGCAAACGAGAAUGUAUCUUUGUCAUUCCCAGCACUAAAGACCCUAACAGGUGUUGCUGUGGCCAGCUCACCAACCAGCAUAUCCCCCCUCUGCCAAGUGUAGCAGCCAGCAAAAAUGGAGAGGAAAACAAGCAGGUGGACACGCAGCCUGAAAAAUGGUCUGUUGGCAAACACACCCAGAGCUACCCAACAGAUUCCUACGGGAUUCUUGAAUUCCAGGGCGGUGGCUACUCCAAUAAAGCCAUGUAUAUCCGGGUAUCCUAUGACACCAAGCCCGAUUCACUGCUUCAUCUCAUGGUGAGAGACUGGCAGCUGGAGCUCCCCAAGCUCUUAAUAUCUGUGCAUGGAGGCCUCCAGAACUUUGAGAUGCAGCCCAAGCUGAAGCAGGUCUUUGGGAAAGGUCUGAUCAAGGCUGCUGUGACCACUGGGGCCUGGAUCUUCACUGGGGGAGUCAGCACCGGUGUCGUCAGUCACGUGGGGGAUGCCUUGAAAGACCACUCCUCCAAGUCCAGAGGCCGGGUUUGUGCCAUAGGAAUUGCUCCCUGGGGCAUCGUAGAGAAUAAGGAAGACCUGGUUGGAAAGGAUGUGACCCGCGUGUACCAGACCAUGUCCAAUCCCCUGAGUAAGCUCUCUGUGCUCAACAACUCUCACACCCACUUCAUCCUGGCCGACAACGGCACCCUCGGCAAGUACGGUGCCGAGGUGAAGCUUCGGAGACAGCUGGAGAAGCACAUCUCUCUGCAGAAAAUCAACACGAGGCUGGGGCAGGGUGUGCCCGUCGUGGGCCUCGUGGUGGAAGGGGGCCCGAACGUGGUUUCCAUCGUCCUGGAGUAUCUCCGAGAAGACCCUCCGGUCCCCGUGGUGGUCUGUGAUGGCAGCGGCCGUGCCUCGGACAUCCUAUCCUUUGCACACAAGUACUCUGAAGAAGGAGGGAUCAUCAAUGACUCCCUCAAGGAUCAGCUUCUAGUUACCAUUCAGAAAACAUUUAAUUACAGCAAGACACAAUCACAUCAGCUGUUUGCGAUUAUCAUGGAGUGCAUGAAAAAGAAAGAACUCGUCACUGUGUUUAGAAUGGGUUCCGAAGGUCAGCAAGACAUCGAGAUGGCAAUUUUAACCGCCCUGUUGAAAGGAACAAAUGCAUCAGCCCCAGACCAGCUGAGCUUGGCUCUGGCUUGGAACCGUGUAGACAUAGCUCGGAGCCAGAUCUUUGUCUUUGGACCCCGCUGGCCGCCCUUGGGAAGUCUGGCCCCCCCAACGGAUAGUAAGGCCAUGGAGAAGGAGAAGAAGCCUCCCACAGCGACCACCAAAGGGGGCAGAGGAAAAGGCAAAGGCAAGAAGAAAGGGAAGGUGAAGGAGGAGGCGGAGGAAGAAACCGACCCCCGAAAGCUGGAGCUGCUGAACUGGGUGAAUGCUCUGGAACAGGCCAUGCUGGAUGCACUGGUCUUAGACCGUGUGGACUUUGUGAAACUCCUAAUUGAAAAUGGAGUCAACAUGCAACAUUUUCUCACCAUCCCAAGGCUGGAAGAGCUUUAUAACACAAGACUGGGUCCACCAAACACACUUCAUUUGCUGGUGAGAGAUGUCAAAAAGGGCAACCUACCACCAGAUUACCACAUCAGCCUCAUAGACAUUGGGCUUGUGCUGGAGUACCUCAUGGGAGGCGCCUACCGUUGCAACUAUACCCGCAAGAGCUUCCGGACUCUUUACAACAACUUGUUUGGACCCAAGAGGCCUAAAGCUCUUAAACUUCUGGGAAUGGAAGAUGACGAGCCUCCAGCUAAAGGGAAGAAAAAAAAGAAGAAGAAAAAGGAGGAAGAGAUCGACAUUGAUGUGGAUGACCCUGCUGUGAGUCGAUUUCAGUACCCCUUCCACGAGCUGAUGGUGUGGGCCGUGCUGAUGAAACGCCAGAAAAUGGCAGUUUUCCUCUGGCAGCGAGGGGAGGAAAGCAUGGCCAAGGCCCUGGUGGCCUGCAAGCUCUACAAGUCCAUGGCCCACGAGUCCUCUGAGAGUGAGCUGGUGGACGACAUCUCCCAGGACCUGGACAACAACUCCAAAGACUUUGGCCAGCUUGCUGUGGAGCUCCUGGACCAGUCCUAUAAGCAUGAUGAGCAGAUUGCCAUGAAACUGCUGACCUAUGAGCUGAAAAACUGGAGUAACUCAACCUGCCUCAAACUAGCCGUUGCAGCCAAACACAGGGAUUUCAUCGCUCACACCUGCAGCCAGAUGCUGCUGACAGACAUGUGGAUGGGAAGGCUGAGGAUGAGGAAAAACCCUGGCCUGAAGGUUAUCAUGGGGAUUCUUCUCCCCCCCACCAUCUUGUUUUUGGAAUUUCGCACAUCUGAUGAUUUCUCAUAUCAAACAUCCAAGGAAAACGAAGACGGCAAAGAAAAAGAAGAGGAGAAUAUGGACACAAAUGCAGAUGCUGGCUCCAGAAAAGGGGAUGAGGAGAAUGAACAAAAAAAGCAAAGAAGCGUCCCCAUUGGGACCAAGAUCUGUGAAUUCUACAACGCUCCCAUCGUCAAGUUCUGGUUUUACACAAUAUCCUACCUGGGUUACCUACUGCUGUUCAAUUACGUCAUCCUGGUGCGGAUGGAGCGCUGGCCCUGCCUCCAGGAGUGGAUCGUCAUCUCCUACAUCCUGAGCCUGGCCUUGGAGAAAAUUCGGGAGAUCCUCAUGUCAGAACCGGGUAAACUCAGCCAGAAAAUAAAAGUCUGGCUUCAGGAGUACUGGAACAUCACAGACCUCGUGGCCAUUUCCAUGUUCAUGAUUGGAGCCAUCCUUCGCCUACAGAAGCAGCCUUACAUGGGCUAUGGCCGUGUGAUCUACUGUGUGGAUAUCAUCUUCUGGUACAUCCGUGUCCUGGACAUCUUUGGUGUCAACAAGUAUCUGGGGCCAUACGUGAUGAUGAUCGGAAAGAUGAUGAUUGACAUGCUAUAUUUUGUGGUCAUUAUGCUGGUUGUGCUGAUGAGUUUCGGAGUUGCACGUCAAGCCAUUUUGCAUCCAGAUGAGGAGCCGUCUUGGAAACUGGCCCGAAACAUCUUCUACAUGCCCUACUGGAUGAUCUACGGGGAGGUGUUUGCAGACCAGAUAGACCUCUACGCCAUGGAAAUUAAUCCUCCUUGUGGUGACAACCAAUAUGACGAGGAGGGCAAGCGGCUCCCUCCCUGCAUCCCGGGUGCCUGGCUCACACCAGCCAUCAUGGCAUGCUACCUGCUGGUGGCCAACAUCCUGCUCGUGAACCUGCUCAUCGCUGUUUUCAACAAUACCUUCUUUGAAGUAAAGUCGAUAUCCAACCAAGUGUGGAAAUUCCAGCGAUACCAGCUGAUAAUGACCUUUCACGACCGGCCAGUGCUGCCCCCACCAAUGAUCAUCCUAAGCCACAUCUACAUCAUCAUUAUGCGUCUCAGCCGCCGUUGCAGAAAGAAAAGAGAAGGGGACCAAGAUGAGCAGGAUCGUGGACUGAAGCUGUUUCUCAGCGAGGAGGAGUUGAAGCGGCUGCACGAGUUCGAGGAGCAGUGUGUCCGGGAGCACUUCCAGGAGAAGGAGGACGAGCAGCAGUCGUCCAGCGAGGAGCGCAUCCGCGUCACCUGCGAGAGAGUUGAAAAUAUGUCAAUGAGGUUGGAAGAAAUCAAUGAAAGGGAAAACUUUAUGAAGACUUCCCUACAGACAGUCGACCUUCGGCUUUCCCAGCUGGAAGAACUUUCUAACAGAAUGGUUAAUGCUCUCGAAAAUCUUGCAGGAAUCGACAAAUCUGACCUGAUACAGACUCGGUCCCGGGCUUCUUCAGAAUGUGAUGCAACAUUCCUCCUAAGGCAAAGCAGCAUCAACAGCGCCGACGGCUACAGCCUGUACAGGUACCAUUUUAAUGGAGAGGAGUUGUUGUAUGAAGAUACUUCUCUCUCCAUGCCACCAGGGACAGUGUUCAGGAAAAAAGCUGGCUCUUUCUGCACGCAAGAAGAGAAGGACCAAAGAACACACCUGGCCCCAGAGCACCAGGGCAGCCUUCACCUGCCACCUGGCACACCAGCAAUCCCAGAUUGCAGUCAGCUUGCUGAAGACCACACGAAGAUCACCUCUGAGCUGAAAUUAGAUCCAGAUAUUGGGAUUUCACCUAAAGACGAUGAAAGGCAGGCCAACUCUAAAAGAGAAGAAACUGUUUCCCUAUGUUUAAAUGAAACAGAUGUCCCACAGGGACAGAACGAGUUUGAUUUUCCCGGCACUCAGCUAACAGUGGAAACAACAAAGAUGGAAGGCACCACUUCUUAUCCCUUGGAAGAAGCAAAAAUGACACACUAUUACCCUGAUGAGACGUUCUGUGCUUGCAAAACAAUGAAGUCCAGAAGCUUUGUGUAUUCCCGUGGAAGAAAGCUGGUCAGUGGCGUUAACAACUGGAAUGCAGAGUACAGUGAGGUUGUGGGCCAGCCGUGCCCCUCAGCAGUUCAGCAAUGGACCACAGAAUGGAAGUAUCAAGUUCACAAGAUUACACGUUCUCAAAGUACAGAUAUCCCUUCCUUUGGGUCGGAAGCUGCAGCACGGGCCAAGCACAAAGGACAUUGCACAGACACCGAAGAUGAAAACUGUGUUUCUAAAACAGCCCCUGAGAGCUCUCCUUUGUCUCUAGCUGUUACUGACAGAACUGACAAGGAAAACUUACUGUCUGUGCAAACAGACAGGACUUUGGGAUUCUCAUCUUUAAGGUCAAAAAGUUUACACGGCCACUCUAGGAAUACUAAAGCCAUUCAGGGCAACUUAGAGAGAUCUGGACAUGCCAGCAGUGUAGGUAGCUUAGUAGUUGUGUCUGGAAUCACAACUGAAGAACAGAAAGGUAAGCAAGAGAAACCUUCCACAGAAACUGAGUGCUAAUGUUUUUUGUUUAUUUGAUGUUUAAAUCAGAACCAUGAGUGAGUCCAUAUUGGUCAUCUUAAACAUCAGCAAUUUCUGAAAACAUUUUCACUAAAAAUGUUGGUGAUUUGGACUUGUUAAUCUAAAGUUUAAUGCACUAAACUUUAAUAUUUUGUUAGCAUGUGUGACUAAACCUAGUUUUUUUAGUUGGAGUAGGACCAAUGAAAGUGAUAAUACUCCAAUCAUGAUAAACUGCCUAAUCAAUACACAAGAUCCUACAAUCUCUUUAUUUCUGGGGGCAAUCAAAUAGCCUAAGAGAUGACUUUGAGUGCCACCAAUAGGUUACUUAAGGGAGUAAGCAAUUAUUUAAGAAAGGGAAAUUAAAAAGAAGGCAAAUAUGAAAAUUAACAGGAGGGGUGGGAGAGAAGAACAAUAAAAGUGUAAAGUACAAGAAGUGAGAAUUGGAAAGGAUCCAUAAACAUACGUUCUUUAUGGGUUUUGUUUGUUUUACAUUUUAAUGUUUUAUGCUUAAAGUUACACGAUAAAUAAAAAAGUACACAAUUAUAUCCAAGGUCACUUUGUAAUAGGGUAGGGUGACCAAGAAUUUUGUUAAUGUGUAAAAAUAAAUUAUCCAACAUGAAUUUUCCUGUUGUCAUGUAGUCCCGGCUGGCAAACACCAAUGAAUGGUACCUCUGUCUCUGCAAUAGUUUGUGCAAAGCUAAAGGCUACAUACUCAGGGCAGGAACUGUCAAGAAUCACAAUGAUGAUUCAUGGCUGAAAACACAAGUUGUGCUUCAGUUUUUAAGUUCAAAGACACAGCAGCACCAUAAACUGGCAAGGGAGAGACAGACAGACACAAACAGAUUGAUUCAUUGCAGCUAUGCUGAAGGUACUGACCAGAGACCUCAGGAGACUAAGAGUUUAGUAGCCAGAUUAGAAUCCCUGAACUGGGCUGGAUUUAUUCAGAAAGCACUGGUAUACCAUUGCAUGGUUGGUAGGGCUUUGAAAUUUAAUAAAGGAUACCAUUUAUUUAAUAAGGAAAA